AUGGUAGAAAGCUGGUUUUUAAAUAACAACACAUUUCUUCUGGAGCAAUUUUACUAUCUUGACGAUUCCUGCACGUUACCGGCUUUUUUCAUCUCCGCGUGGGGUCAUUUCCAAUUUGCACAACCAUCAUGGAUAGUUCCAGGAGGAAUGGAAACAGAAUAUGUUACUCAACGUAUGUACCUUGUGCCCUACAGUAACGAUAUGGCGCAUAAUCUUGAACAUAGAAUCAACAGGUCGUGUCCAGGCUUUGUUAAGAAACCUUGGAGAUCCUACAAGAAAUACCUCGUGUAUAGCUACAUCGAAAUUAAUCAUCACAGUAAAGGAAAUGACGUCAUAGAAGUGGUUGAAGAUAUUGACUGCUUGAUGUCCUUGCACGUUAGCCUCAACGAGCUACAACUGAUGCGUGUAGAACAUAGAAAACCUUUUCACCAUCGACAUCGACCGAGAAACAUGCGUACUGAACUGUUUCUAGGCGACAUUCACACUCGAUACCACCAGAGGGAGCGAUAUCGUCCUACUAGCUACCAACCACCCCUUUUGAAAACAGAGAGUCGUGGAUGUCACAUAUGUCAUCUCGUAGCCAAAUCCAACCAUUUCUCACCUCCCCAGCUGCCAGCUCGUGCUAAGUUUCCUGUGUAUAUGGCGGGGGAAUGGAUUAGUACACGAUGUGAGGUCAGACCUCUUGGAAUGUUUGUGACUAGGCGGAUGAAAUUUUUUAACUUCAACCAAAGCUGGCAUGGCGUCUAUAAGUACUUCAAAGAUCCCAACUGUCAGGUUUCCCUGUUUGUUUUAGUAGCAGAGGGAGAGUUUCGUCCAAGAAGACCAUCGCUGCACUUCAGAGGGAGUACGAAUUACGACUUCAUAGUUGAGAAAGCGUCGAUAACGCCACUUGACCAACUGUUUGUCAAUAACUUAAACGGACACAAAGCAGACCAUUGUGGCCUUGUAGAUUCGUGGCGAAUAAAUGUAUCACAGGAUGUGACAUCAUCCGGAGGCUGUGAUGGAAUUGGGUUAGCAGUACCAAGUACAGCAUUCGACGUAGUUCGAACAGACAUUGACCAUCAUGGUAACUCUCUACUUUACUUGGGAGAAAUAGAUACCGAAAAUAUUCCCGCCACUCCAGACAGAAGGCCAACUUCUUAUCAAAUUCCUUUAAUUCAGUGCAGAGCAUUUUCAGACUAUCCUGGACGAAAUGAGCUUUUUCCUUUGCGUCAAACUCAGAAUGCCAUAUUUAACAGCGGUAGAAUUUCAGUAUUGUUAGAGGGUAGCAUUAUAGUGACAUCAGUAUUGUGCAUUGUAAGUUCCAACUACGCGGUCAUGGUUACAUGAAGAUUUACAUGAGCGGUAGAGACUUAGAACUUAUUUACGUGUGACACCAAGAUCCUAUAAGUAAAAAUAACUGAAAAAACUGAGCAGGUUGUGUUUUCCUUUUCAAGUGGUAUCUUAUAUAUAUAUAUAUUGUAUUGUGAGAAUUAUAAAAAAAUAAGCAUUUUUUUUCGGUUCGAAUGCUAAAACUGAGUGUGCCAUAUUUAUCCAUUA